ACUGUAUCAGCUGAGGGAGAACAGGGUGAUUCCCAAAACGACGCGCUUGUCUGAAUCAACUUCUUAUUAGAUCCAGCGUGUCGGUGGAGCCGCGGAAAGUUCCCUGAAGUUCGCCGGGAAGAGAGAGAGGGAGACAGGGAGAGAGGCGGGGGAAGCGGAGGAGUGAGCGAGGAGGAGCUCCGGGACUUCCACCGCCGAUCUGCGGGCUCCGUGCGGACUCUGUGCGGGCUCUGAGGUCUGGGAUGUCGGCCGUGAAGGCUCUGCAGCAGUGGUGCCGGAUCCAGUGUGAGGGCUACCGGGAUGUGUCCAUCACCAACAUGACCACGUCCUUCAGGGACGGCUUGGCUUUCUGCGCCCUCAUCCACAAACACAGACCAGACCUGAUCAAUUUUGAUUCGCUGAAGAAGGAAGAUGUCUACGACAACAACAAGCUGGCCUUUAAAGUUGCAGAAGAACAACUGGGCAUUCCGGCUCUGCUGGAUGCGGAAGACAUGGUGGCUCUCAGGGUUCCUGACCGCCUCAGUAUCUUGACGUAUGUCUCUCAGUACUACAACUACUUCCAUGGACGCUCCCCUAUUGGCGGCAUGGCGGGUAUAAAGCGUCCGGCGGAGGGCACCAACGACGAACCUUCAGGGAAGAAGAACCAGGCGGUGACUGCCAUGGUGUUUCCAGGCUCUAAACCCAGCAGGGAGAACAGUCCUCCCCGCUCUGCCAAUGUUACGAAGCCGUCUCCGUCGCCUAAACAGAUCAGAAAUUCAACGCAGGAGCGUCAUGUUGAGAAAUCUCAAGCAGGAACUUUAAGCAACAAAUGUGUGUUGUGUAACAAACACGUUCACCUGGUGCAGCGACAGCUAGUGGAGGGAAAGCUCUAUCACAGGAACUGUGCGAGGUCUCUUUCGACGAACACGAGCUCCCUGUUUCGCGAUCUUCCCACAAACACCCACAUUUCCAAAUUCAGUCCCCAACCCGAACCCGUUAAACCCGCCACAGUGGCUCCUGCUAAAACACCGUCCAGACUUGGGCCGACGUGGGCGACGGAGAAGCCCGGCUCUCCUCCGAACGGCUCCAGCUCGUUUUCUGCUUCACCUGUCUCAGCUCCUGCUUCUGUUGUUAAGGAAACCCCGAAGGUACCCGUGUCCAAACCGUCUACCUUUACGACAGGCGUCAGCACCAACCCCACGGCCGCUCCCCGGACCUCCGUCACCGCGGCCAAAACGUUUGAGUCAAAGAUGAAGUUUUUACAAUCGGAUGACAGUGCCAACCACGAGGAGAAAAAGACGUCAGUCUUUCGUACAACUGUGAAUAAAGGCCAGACCACAAACGGCAAGGGGCAGGAUGUGUUGCCGGGUCAGACUGUAACCAUGGUUGUCAAUGUUAAAGAUGUGGACAAAGGGGGUGCAGCUAAAACAACUGCCGCGGGUAGCAAGGCGAGUACAAAUGCUAAAGAGUACGACGAUAAGACGAGAGCAACAGCAGCAGCUUUCAUCUCCAAGAAACUUCCUGAGGAGAACAACAACAACAACAGCAGCAAGCCAUCGUGGACAAACGUAGCGCUCCGAAAAACUGACAAACCUCUGGAGGAGACGCCAAAGAAGACUGAAACGGGGGGUGUCCGGGGGAAGGUGAAGCUGAAAGCAGACCUGUCUCUCCUGGCGGAUCUGCAGACUCCAGAGCCUGACAAGUCUUCAGCCGGUCGGUGCGGAGGAGCAGACAAGACUCCAGACAGGGGAGGCCUGAAACCUCCCCAAACCUCCCACAACACAUCAGCAUCAGAAAAGGAGUCUCCUGGAGCCUGGAGGUCAAAGCUGAAGCCUAUCUCCAAAGAAGCAAAACCAGCAGGUCUUCCUCAGUCUUCGCCUAAACCGUACAGCAAUGGAGCGACGAGGACUUCAGAGCCCUCUGCUGGGCCUCCGGCGGUCAGCGCCAUCAUUUCUGUGUCAAAGGAAUCUCAGAACGGGCCGAAAGAGCAAAUUCCCAACGCCGCCAAGUCCGAGUCAAAGAAUGCUAAGACGAAGCCUGGCUACAUCCCCAAAGAGGACAUGAUCCGGGAGCUGAAGGAGAUUGAAGAAAACCUAAACGAACUGGAGAGGAGAGGAGUGGAGCUGGAGUUGAGGCUGCGCAAGAGUGAGGAAGAGGGCAGCGACGACGACGAAGACGAGCUCAUGGUCGAGUGGUUCACCUUGAUCAGAAACAAGCAGGUAGCCAUGCGUCGUGAGUCAGAGCUCGUGUAUAUAGGACGAACUCAGGAUCUGGAAGAAGAGCAGCCCAGUGUGGAGCAGGAGCUCAGGAGGCUGAUGGAUAAACCAGAACAUUUAAAAACGUUCCGGGACAGACAGAGGGAAAAGCAGCUCAUGGACAAACUCAUAGAGAUCGUCAACGAUAGAAACGCCAUCAUAGAAGGUCUGGAUGAGGACAGGCUCAGGGAGGAAGAGGAGGAUGAGGAGCUAAACAAGAUGAUGAUGAAUUUCAAUAUAAAGAAGGACAAAAUCAAGAGAAAGUCUCAGAAAUUCAGACUGUUCAGCUGGGGAAGCAAGAAGGACGCAUGAAACCGACACCACCUUGUUUUCACAAGCUGCUUUCUCUGAUCACUGUCAAUUCCUGGGGUGACAUCGAUACUGUGUGUGUGUGUGUGUGUGUGUGUGUGUGUGUGUGUGUGUGUGUGCGUAGAAAAGAGAGAAAGACCCACCGUUGUCAGUGAUGAGAUUUACUUCAGUACUCCAGUUGUUUAGUUUUAAUCUUGUUCUUGUCUUCUCCUGUUCACUUUAUGCCCCAACAUUCUCAGCUAGCAGAUGUUAGCUAACAUCUAACAAGUAUUUCCUUACUUGCAUAAUGUAUUCAAUACUGUAUGUAUUCUCUAAUGCAUAAUGGGUGGGUAAAAAACAAAAAAACCAAACCAAGAUUUAAUUCUGAGUUAUUUUGCUCAGACUCUACAAAAAGAUUGUCAUUAGAAGAAAUUAUGACCAGGAAUUUCUGUGCUUUAUCUUUAGGAACGCCACAGUUACUGGCACCCUGGUGAAAAUGUUUACGAACAACUUAUGCUAGCAUGUUCACAUCAAGACACACCUUGUUGCAGUUCCCUUAGCACUAGCGCUGGAGAUUGAGCAUGAAUUUUGAGAUUUCUCAUUUACCUAAUGUGCGAGUUUUGGUCAGCUGCUGUUUUCAUUUGGCUGUUUCCUGCCUUUCCUAAAUCGCGUUUUCACUUAUAUUUCCCAUUUUUAACAAUGGCAAAUAGAAAUUGGGGGUCAUAUUUACAGUCCACUUAACGUAUGCUGGACAAUCUGAUCAAUUUAACCAAUGGUACUAUUAUUAAAAGAGUGCUUCAGUUAAAUUUGUGUUUUUAAACAGGUAAAAGUGCUAAAUAUUAUGGCAAAUCCUAAUGUUUGAUUUGGCAUGGUUUGAAUAAAUGUUCUCAAAUGAGUUGUUUUAGUUUUAAGGUGGAUUUUUUUAAAAUCUUGUGUGCCAGUAGUUCUGUGUAUCUUUCGGUUUCAGGAUAAAGACAACUUUUUUUUUCUUCCACCGGUUCAAUUAAAUCUUAAUCAAGUUCAGAUUUUUUUUUUUUGUCAUAAGUUUAUUCCUGCACAGGGGUCAUCAGCAGAUAACUAAUUUGCCGUAAUUACACAGAUUUGUUUCAUCUUAAAACUAUUCCAAUCCCCAGAACAACCUAUAGUGUUUCAUGCCUUUUCUGAGGAUUUAGCCUUUUGUCACGUUUCAGUUUGGUUGUUGUUGCUGUUGUACAAGUGCAAAGUAGAUGACAGGAUGUGCAGUGCUGUCUGCUGAAUGGAAAUGUUUAGUUUUGCUGGAUAGUGCUUGAAUGAAGUUUGAUUUGUGGCAGAAGACUGCAUGUGCUUUAGUUCAGCUAGCUGUUAGCUCUGAAACAGCUAGCAGAU